UGAGUAGCUGGGACUACAGGUGCGUGCCACCAUGUCCAGUCUGGGUUAAAGAACGAAACCCUGACCCUGAAAAAUAAAGAAACAGCAAUGCCAUUUAUUCUAGCUGUACACCCCUGAUGCCCAGUGUACGAGUUCCAGUGACCGAAGGAAGAGACCAAGAUGAAUACAGAGCCCAAGAGGAAGUUUGGCGUGGUGGUGGUUGGUGUUGGCAGAGCCGGCUCCGUGCGGAUGAGGGACUUGCGGAAUCCACACCCUUCCUCAGCAUUCCUGAACCUGAUUGGCUUUGUGUCCAGAAGGGAGCUUGGAAGCAUUGAUGGAGUCCAGCAGAUUUCUUUGGAGGAUGCUCUUUCCAGCCAAGAAGUGGAGGUUGCCUAUAUCUGCAGUGAGAGCUCCAGCCAUGAGGACUACAUCAGGCAGUUCCUUAAUGCUGGCAAGCACGUCCUUGUGGAAUACCCCAUGACACUGUCGUUGGCGGCUGCUCAGGAACUGUGGGAGCUGGCUGAGCAGAAAGGAAAAGUCUUGCACGAGGAGCAUGUUGAACUCUUGAUGGAGGAAUUUGCAUUCCUGAAAAAAGAAGUGGUGGGGAAAGACCUGCUGAAAGGGUCACUCCUCUUCACAGCUGGCCCAUUGGAAGAAGAGCGGUUUGGCUUCCCUGCAUUCAGCGGCAUCUCUCGCCUGACCUGGCUGGUCUCCCUCUUUGGAGAGCUUUCUCUUGUGUCUGCCACUUUGGAAGAGCGAAAGGAAGAUCAGUAUAUGAAAAUGACAGUGUGUCUGGAGACAGAGAAGAAAGGUCCACUGUCAUGGAUUGAAGAAAAAGGGCCUGGUCUAAAACGAAACAGAUAUUUAAGCUUCCAUUUCAAGUCUGGGUCCCUGGAGAAUGUGCCAAAUGUAGGAGUGAAUAAGAACAUAUUUCUGAAAGAUCAAAAUAUAUUUGUCCAGAAACUCUUGGGCCAGUUCUCUGAGAAGGAACUGGCUGCUGAAAAGAAACGCAUCCUGCACUGCCUGGGGCUUGCAGAAGAAAUCCAGAAAUAUUGCUGUUCAAGGAAGUAAGAAAAGGAGGUGAUGCAGCACUUCCAAGAUGGCACCAGAGUUUGGUUCUUCUCAAGAGUUGACCAUUAUCUCUAUUCUUACAAUUAAACAUGUUGGGGAAACAAGAA